AUGUCAACGACGGAACCUGAGCAAAUGGAAAUAGAAAUUACGCAUGAAGAUAUUCUCGAAUUUCUUCAUCAAAAACAAAAUUGUGAUAUCGAAGGAGCAAAAAAAUUUUUAGAAUACGGCUCGACUUACCUUCUGGCUUGCUAUAAAGAAAAUGUUCCGGCUCAUUGGUUUUGCAGCGAAGAAUUCGUGGAAAUUACGACAGAAUUACUACAUAUAUUUGCAUUGAAUAAUACUAAUGAACAGGUUGAAGAAUUUAAAAAUGUAAUGGCUGAUCAGCUGUCUAACUGUGUCGAUUGUGUUGAAGUAUAUUACAUUUAUAAAGAAGAUAUGCGUCAAAGAUAUCUGAGAGCAUAUAACAAUACAAAUGAUGUAAAUGUGCUUUUUGACGUCACUAUAAAAGCCUGGGACAGAUGUCGUGUUUACAGUGCUCUACAAAACUUGAGUCUGCAACUAGAAAAAUUAACCCCAGACAUACUGACAUCAAAUUCAACUAUUGCAAUAUUAUCAGAGAUUAUGUUUAAUCCGUCUUUACUUGCUGAUCGUUCGAUCAGCUCGCUCUAUGUCGAUUUGUUUCUUUCCAUCCCGCAGAAUAUUUUAAAAGAGAUGUGUAAAGGCUUUUUGCCCGGAAUGAUUAUUGUAUCGGUUCAUGAAAAUGAUGAUUUCAGACAAUUAUUCUGGAAAAUAAUGCAAGGAUUUCAAUUUUCAGUCAAAUUAGAAGAUUUCAAUGCUCAUGGAUAUUCUGGCCCAAUGCAAAGUGCAAUCCGCCGUCUAAAAGAUUGGAAUCUUAGAAGUCCACAUUUUCAAGAAUAUCCAUAUACAAAAAAUCUCAGAUUGUAUUGGAAAGGCCUUAGGAAAGUGCUUUGCUGUCUAGAUUCAUCUACAAUUAUCUUCGGGUUGUGUCAUGAACCUACCGGAUUUUGCAAUUUGGUUGUUUCCACUAUCAAAAAUCAAGAGCAACAAGAAAUUGAGUUUGUUGAAAUUUUGAAAUGUUUACAAGUUCUUCUGAAGAUAAUUAAGAAUGAAUUUUGGAACUACUCAUCAGUAACUGCACAAGAUUUAAUGACUGAAAUAUUUAAUAGUCCAGUUUUUCAUAAAGCCUCAGAAUCUCAUCCGAAGAAAUGCAAACAUCUAUUAGGAUGGGCUCCUGCGUUUGUUGAGUCAUCAAUGAAUCUUGUACUAACCAUUUUAGAGUAUUUGGUGCAUUCGUUUCAGAAGAACUCAUGGUCUAAUGAAUUGGCAGAAGAAUCUUUGGAUGUGGCGUUAAAGAUAUUGAGAAUACACAACCUCAAAAUUGACCCAGCAUUAAGUCUAAAACUCAAAAGUGUAGCCUUAAAUGAAAAUAUUAUGAUGUUUCAUAAGGUUCCACUUGGAAGUCGACGCCUUUCUUUGAUUAAUGAAAUAUUAUCUCUCAAUACCACAGGCAAUAAUACUAUGUCUGCGUCAAACAACAAUACCAUGUCUGUGUCAAACAUAAAUACCAUGCCUGCUUCAAGCAUCAAUACCAUGACUAAUUCAAACAUCAAUACUAUGUCUGCUUCAAACAUCAAUACUAUGUCUGCUUCAAACAUCAAUACCAUGUCUGCUUCAAAAAUCAAUGCCAUGUCUGCUUCAAAAAUCAAUGCCAUGUCUGCUUCAAAAAUCAAUACCAUGUCUGCGUCAAACAACAUUAAUGCCCCGCUCAGCAAUGGUACACUAUCAAAUUCAAUUAUUUUGGGCUCUACAACGUCAGGAUCUUCAGGAUCAUCUUCAAGUACAAGCAUUUCCCAAACCCCUGUAAAUUCUGAUGUUGUUUUGAAGAAACCAAUGCCUAAGCCUUCUAGUAUGAGAAAACCAAUCUCAAUGAACACAUCAAGUAAAAUAUUUCCUAAUAAAAAAGGAACGAUAAGCAAAAUGAUGGAUGCAUUCAUUAAAGAAAAUCAAAUCAAGAAUAAAGAGAGACAGGAUAUGAUGCAUCAUGCAAACACAUCAAACACAUCUAGGAUAUCAAAUCAAAGACUCAACUCUAUUACGAGUACUUCAGGAACAUUUGACGUAAAUACCUCUAGUACUUCUAGGAUAGCAAAUAAUAGACACAAUUAUAUGGCAGGUGAUAAACCAUUAGAUUCAACCGAAUAUACUCCAGGUACUCUUAAUCCUUUAGAAUUCAACGUAGUACAGCCUAAGCCUUUAGAACAGCCUCGACGAACGAAGUUACUCGACUUCCGUGAAGUCAUUUCUCAUCACAGAGCACUACAAGAUAACAAACAACAAGAGAGGAUUAUACAAAUGCGAAGGAGGGAAGACACUAUGAAACGGCUUAGGCCAAACUUAAAAAGCCUCCACAAACAAGUUUUAACGUGGAAUAUUGAUUCUAUGGGAGAAAUGCCUCCAAAUAUACUUAGGAACGAAUAUAGACAUAUUCCAGACCAAUUUCAGACGGCGGAAGAAUAUAUAAGCAUUUUUGAACCACUUUUAGUACUUGAGAUAUGGCAAAGUUUUAUCUCAGCAAAAGAAGAAAUCGAUGAUAGUGAUUCUUAUGCUAUUGUUAUAGACAGUAGUGUGUCUAUUGAUGAUUUUAUAGAAGUGUCGUGUCAUUCCGCGGAUCAAGGACAACUAAAAGGUCUGUCAGAAAAUGACCUUGUAAUAGUGAAACCAGCAAAUUAUAAGGAAAUAUCCUCUUCGGACUCUCUGAGAUCCAAAAUUUUUCUUGCUAUAGCUAAGAGUAUUGUUUUUAAUAAAUUGAAUAUGCACUGCUAUUUCAAUAAUGAUCCUCAUAACAUCAGAGGUGAAUUGAGGCCGCGGAGUUCAUGGACGGUUGAGAAAGUCAUAAGUUUAACACCUGCAGCGCGAGAAUAUGCUGCACUAAUGGCAACACCGUAUUUUAAAUACAUUAAUUUGAUCAUGCAACCAAGAUCUCCCAUCGUUCGACAAUGCCCGAGAGCACAAUUAGAGCGAUAUAUCAAUAUGUACAAAAUUAAUGAAUCACAGGCUGAGGCUGUAUGGAAAGUUUUAAACAAUAAAGAUAAUAUCUCCUUAGUGCAAGGGCCACCAGGAACUGGUAAAACAAGUACAAUAGUGAGCAUUAUAAGUGAAUUGAGAUCAACGUCCCCUACUUAUAAACCACGAAUUUUAGCUUGUGCACCUUCCAAUGCUGCUGUUGAUGAAAUUGAAAAAAGACUUCGAGAAGGUAUUUUUGACUCUAAUGGUAACCUUGAAAGAGUUGCUGUUGCUCGGUUUGGGAAAUUUGAGAACGAUACUGAUGAAGAGACGAGCAAUCUGAAAGUACGAAUGUCAACCCUUUUGCAAGAAGUUAACGAAAAAAAGCGUCGCCGUCAGGAUCCACGAAUAAGUGGAUGGGAUGCUGAAACAUUUGAUGCUCAAAUAAACAAGAUUAACGAAGAAAUUGAAAAUAUACGAAGAACACUGCGCGAUUCUGAUGAGAAAAAUGAAAAACCUAAACGCAUUGUUAAAGAACUUAAUGAUGCAGACAUUAUUUGUGCAACAUUGACUGGGAGUGGUCAUGAUAUUUUGGCGGAUAUCGCUUUUCAAGCGGUAAUCAUUGACGAAGCGGCACAAGCUAUCGAAUUAACAUCUCUCAUACCUAUGAAGUUUAAUCCAAGCUGGUGUGUUCUUGUUGGUGAUAGCAAUCAAUUACCACCAACAGUUCUCAGUAGAGUUGCCACUGAUUUCUGUUACGAGCAAAGCUUAUUCACCAGAAUUCAAAGGUGUGCACCUGCUUCAGUCCAUAUGCUGAAGAUGCAAUAUAGAAUGCAUCCAGAGAUUUGUAGAUUUCCCAGUAAAUUAUUUUACGAUUGUGAAUUAUAUAAUGCAGGAGGAUUACUGCAAAUUCGAACUCAAAGAUGGCAUGCAAAACCAAUCUUUGGACCUUAUAGGUUUUUUGAUGUGUUAGGUAUUAUGGGGCAAGAUCAAAAUUCUUUUUUUAAUAGGGAGGAAGCAGUUAUUGCCAUUAGACUAGUUGAAACGCUUAUAAGAAAUUUUCCAGAAAUCGAUUUUAAGGAUCGAAUUGGAGUAAUAACACCAUAUAAGCGACAACUUGCUGAACUAAAACGACUGUUCGCCCAAAAGAUUCCUAGUGAUUUAUACAAGGAAAUGGAGUUUAAUACUGUAGAUGGUUUUCAGGGGAAGGAAAAGGACAUUAUCAUCUUUUCAUGCGUUCGUGCUGGAAGAGAAAGCAGCGUUGGAUUCCUGAAGGAUAUAAGAAGAAUGAAUGUUGCGCUAACUCGUGCUAAGUCUUCAUUGUUCAUUCUUGGAAAUCGGCAAACGCUUGAAAAAAAUCCACAUUGGAAAGAAUUGAUUGAAGAUGCAGUGCAAAGGGGAUUGUACACUCGUUGUUCUGGUUAUCAGUUUGUAGCUAGUCUUAAUGCAGAAGUUGGGCGGUCGAACGAAUUCAGGAGUAUGCCUAUGGCUUCUUUCCAAGAUACCGGAGACAUUCCACGAGAGAAUUUAGUUGGACAUCAUAUAAAUGAAAUGGUAAACUCAAGAUAUGGUCGUGGGGGUAAUCGCGGAAGAGGUGAAUGGCAUAAUAAGCGUAAUUUUAAUGUUAAUCAACAUGAUGGAGGGAUAGCGCGUCGAG